AGUUCAUUUUUUUCAGAGAGUCCCACUCAGCGGAACUUAAUUAUAGCACUAGAUGAUUAGAUCUGGGGUUAUCUUCCUGACCUGCUACUUUUGGAGAAUUCUGCGUCUCAUUCGCAAUAGCAUCUCCGCGAACUUUGCGUCCACCUUCCUUCAUUUGCAAUAGCAUCUCCAGCAACCUUGCAUCCGCCUUCCCUGCGGCGCCACUCCAAGAACUCUGCUUCUGAGGUCGAUCAUCCGUGUUUUUUCAUCAAUUGCUGCCUUCACCACCUAUUUGGUCCUCCAGGAGCACUUCUAUUGCUUAUUUUUCAUUUCCGCAGAUCGGCAACCUUGCAUCCACCUUCCUAGCCGCACUGCUCUGAUAACUCUGCUUCCGAUUUCCGUGGUCUAUCAUCCGUGUUUUUCAUUCACUGCUGCCUUCACCACCUGUUUGGCCCUCCAUAAGCACUUCUAUUGCUCGAUUUCAUUUCCUCAGAUCACUGCAUUAUAAACCCCCAAAAAAUAUACUUCUACUGCUCGUUUUUCAUUUCCUCAAAUCACUUUAUUAUACCAAAAAAUGCGCUCUUGUCCCCCUCAAUAAACACUUCAUUUCCUCCUGCUAUCCAAAAAAAAAAAAACUGUCUCCGGAGUUCUUUUACCUGUAUCCCUCUUUUGGCAGUUAAAAUCUUCCAAGGUUUCCUCCAUUUCAUGUCAUUACACUGCACCUUAGAUUCCUGCAUUCUAAAAACUAGUUGAAAAUUCCCCAAAAAAGGAAAGAAAAAGAAAAGAAAAUAAAAUAAAACUUUUUUGAAGUUAUUUUACCUGUUUCACAUCGUUUGACAGUUCAAAUCUUCCGAAGUUUCCUCCAUUUCGUGUCUUAUACACUACACCUAAGAUCUGUGCAUUGUCAAAAUUAGCCCCAAAACAUCCCAAACAAACACCAACACCAUGGCAGCGGUGGUGUUGGCAGCUGGCUUAAAAAUGGUGGCAUCGCCGAUCCUGAAGAAGCUCCUCACUGAAGCUUCGACAUACAUUGGGGUUGACAUGGCAAGUGAGCUCCAUGAACUGGAGACCACCAUAAUGCCCCAGUUUGAGCUGAUGAUUGAAGCGGCUGACAAGGGCAACCACAGGACUAAACUGGACAAAUGGAUCCAAGACCUCAAACAAGCCUUCCUCAAGGCAGAAGAUUUGCUGGAUGAUCAUGAGUACAGCCGCCUUGAGCGCAAAGCAAAGAAAGGGAAGGAUCCAUUGCCAGCACAUUCCUCCACCAGCAGCACUAUUUUGAAGCCUCUGCGUGCUGCGUCCAACCGGUUGUCCAAUCUGUCCUCCAACAACAGGAAGCUAAUUCGCCAGCUGAAUGAACUGAAGGCCAUUCUGGCGAAAGGCAAGAAGUUCCAUGAUCUUCUUUGCUUACCAGCUGGUAACACCGCAGAGGGCCCUGGUGUACAAGCAGACGUUGUUCCUCAGGUCACAUCAAUUCCACCUCCAAAAGUAAUAGGUCGUGACAAGGAUCGCGACAAUAUUAUAAACCUGCUUACCAAGCCGAUUGGUGUUGAGGAAAAUUCAGCUAUAUGUUCGGGUUUGGCCAUCGUUGGAGCAGGAGGCAUGGGAAAAUCCACCUUGGCACAGUAUGUUUACAAUGACAAGAGGGUACAAGAACAUUUUGAUGUCAAGAUGUGGGUGUGCAUCUCACGCAAACUUGAUGUCGACCGUCAUACACGGGAGAUUAUUGAGUCUGUGGUGGGGGGUGAAUGCCCACGUGUUGGUAAUCUUGAUCCUCUCCAGUGCAAAUUAAGGGGCUUACUGCAAAACAAGAAAUUCCUGCUUGUACUGGAUGAUGUUUGGUUUGAAGAAUCUGGCACUGAGAUGGAAUGGGAGCAACUCCUGCGUCCAUUAGUUUGUGAGCAGACCGGAAGCAAAGUUUUGGUGACUUCUCGAUCGAAUAUACUUCCAGCUUCUCUUUACUGCAAUAAGAUUGUUCCAUUGGAGAACAUGGAAGAUGCCGAGUUCUUGGCACUCUUCAAAAACCAUGCCUUUUCUGGUGCAGAAGUCGGAGAACAUAGUUUGCGUCAGAAGCUAGAAGAGAUUGCAGAGAAGCUUGGUACUAGAUUGGGACGAUCUCCUUUGGCAGCAAAAACUGUGGGUUUACAGCUGAGCAGGAAAAAGGAUAUCACUUCAUGGAAAGAUGCUCUAAAGAAGGACAACUUAAGUGAUCCCACGAAAGCUCUGUUGUGGAGUUAUGAUAAGUUAGAUCCACAUCUGCAGAGAUGCUUCCUAUAUUGCAGCUUAUAUCCAAAAGGCUAUCGAUAUGAAAUAAGGGAGUUGGUUCACCUGUGGAUAGCAGAGGGAUUUAUUGAUUCGUGCAACGAGAACAAAAGAGUGGAAGAUAUUGGAAGAGAUUGCUUCAGUGAGAUGGUCUCUGUUUCAUUCUUUCAACAAGUUCCCAAGAGAGACCCUCGUACAUUCUAUGUUAUGCAUGAUCUUAUUCAUGAUUUGGCAGAGUCACUCUCUAAAGAACACUGCUUCAGAUUAGAGGAUGAUAAGGUGGAGGCAGUACCACGCACUGUUCGACACUUAUCUGUUCGUGUUGAGAGUAUGAUACAGCACAAGCAAAGCAUUUGCGAGCUACCUCAGUUACGUACUAUUAUCUGCAUUGACCCAGUUAUGGAUGAUAUAAGUGAUGUUUUCAAUCAGAUACUGAGGAAUUCGAAGUUGCGUGUACUAUAUCUGUCAUUCUACAACAGUAGCAAGUUGCCAGAAUCAAUUGAUGAGCUGAAGCAUCUUAGGUAUUUAAACAUCAUCGACACGUCAAUUUCUGAAUUGCCAAGCUCAUUAUGUACUCUUUACCACUUACAGUUCCUUAAGUUCAGUAUCAGAGUUAAGAGUUUGCCUGACAAGCUCUGCAAUUUAAAUAAGCUGUGGUAUCUUGAACGGCACGGGAGUUGGAUAGAUGAUGAUCCGUUCAACAGUGCUGUGCCUCAAGUUCCCAACAUAGGCAAGCUAACUUUGCUCCAACAACUUUUUAACUUUUCUGUGGAAAAGCAGAAGGGAUAUGAGUUGCGGCAGCUGAGGGACAUGAACGAGCUUGGUGGCUGUUUAAAUGUUACAAAUCUUGAAAAUGUCACUGCAAAGGAUGAAGCUAUAGAGUCCAACCUACACCGGAAAACUCAUCUUGAAAGUUUGCACCUUGGCUGGAUUUAUAUGGAUGACAUAAAUGUAGAGGACAGUUUACACUUGGAGAUUUUGGAAUGCCUGAUGCCUCCGCCCCGACUUAAGGGCCUCACAAUCCAAGGUUACAGAUCGGCGAAAUAUCCAGGUUGGUUUCUUCAGGAUUCAUAUUUUGAGAAUCUGGAAACCUUUAAGCUUGUUAACUGCACUGCAUUAGAACGCCUACCAACCAAUGUAGAACUCUUCAGGAAUUGCUGCUCACUUCACCUCAAGGAUAUGCCAAACCUAAAGACAUUACCUUGUCUUCCAGCAGGUCUUAAAAUGUUAUCAAUUACCAAUUGUCCACUGCUUAUAUUUGUUUCCAGUGAUGAACCAGAGCAGCAUGAUCAGUGGGAGAAUAUCAUGAAUAGAGAGCAAUUGGUAUCAAACCUUUCUUUGAUAUCGGGUAAGAGUUUUGUAUCAAAAACAAGUGACAUAAUAGCAUCGGAAUUUUCAUCUCUGGAGCAGUUAAUGGCAUUGAUGGACGAGGAUAUGCCACGUGUUGAAAACAUUAGAAGUAUUACAGAAAGAGAGGAAUUUGUGAUAGAGGAUGGCAUCAAUGCAUGGAUAUAUUGCCACAUGGAGAGGAUGGGACUCAUUUAUGGAAGAAGCAUCGGGCGGCCUCUGGUUCCACCAUCAGAACUUCACGAACUCACUCUUUCUUCAUGCAGUAUUACAGAUGGGGCAUUAGCUGUUUGCCUUAAUGGUCUUACUUUACUGAGAACUUUGUGCUUAACUCAGAUCAUGACUUUGACUACCCUUCCGUCGCAAGAGGUCCUCCAACAUUUGACAAACCUGAAGUACCUGGAUAUCAAGUCUUGCUGGUGUCUCAAGUCAUUAGGGGGUUUACGAGCUGCUACCUCCCUUUUGGAGGUCAGAUUGUUUUCCUGCCCUUCUCUAAACUUGGCACGUGGAGCAGAUGAAAUGCCAUUAUCUCUUGCGAAGCUCAAAAUAUUUUGGUGCACAGUUGGAGCUAAUUUUCUCAGUACUGGUCUCCCGCACCUGAGAGAGCUUUACAUAUUUAGCUGCAGAAGCUCUGCAUCCUUGUCGAUUGGUCAUCUCAGCUCCCUUGUAUCAUUAUCACUAUGCAGUCUACCGGAUCUAUGCAUUGUUGAAGGACUGUCUUCCCUACAACUUCACGAGUUAAAUUUACAAGUUGUCCCGAAGCUCAACGCGAAAUGCAUCGCACAGUUUCGGGUGCAGAAAUGGCUCCUUGUUAGCAGCCCUGUGAUACUCGACCACAUGCUCUCGGCUAAAGGUUUUAUAGUUCCAGAAGUUCUCUAUCUUUUUAAUUGCAAGAAGUCAUCCGUUUCAUUCGAAGAAUCUGCAAAUUUCUCAUCCCUGCGGGACCUGACAUUGGCUCAAUGUGAAAUGAGGUCCUUGCCAGGAAAUCUCAAGUGCCUGACUAGUCUGACACGACUUGGUAUCAUGGACUGUCCCAACAUAUCAUCUUUACCUGAUCUGCCAUCCUCCCUCCAACAUAUAUUUGUUUGGGGUUGUGAGCGCCUGAAGGAGAGCUGCCAAGCACCUGAUGGAGAAAGCUGGCCAAAGAUUGCGAGUAUCCGCUGCAAGGAAAUCAAAUGAACUGUGAUUUCAGAUUCACAGCUAUAAAUGAAUGCAAAGUUGAAUUUGAUGCAGGCUGGGAGAAUGAAGCUUCGUUUUCCAACAAUCUCAAGAUCCAGCAACCUCAUCUCCACUGCCUGUCAGGAGUUGAGUGUUGGGCUGCCUCAAGCUCACUUACACUUCAACUCUGUCUGCGCUGUGGCUGGUGCGGACCCCUUGGCUCCUUUCAUCCUCGAUUGCGCUAUGCAUCGCUCUUCCACUCUUGAGGGCUCCAUUGCUGUGCUAAGAGCCCAAGACACGUGUGCCUAAGUUUGAAGCUCGUUUUAUGUUACUAUUGUGUUUUUUUUAUCCUGUCAUGGAGUGUCACUUCUGAUUUUGAUUGGUGCUGGUCAUAAAUAUUAUUUCUUGUGUGCCGAGAGUCGAUAUCUCACGAGUUCUGGAGGGUAAAAGCCCCACAAUUAUGUACAGUAUUGGAGCUGAACUUCUGCAGUUCAUGUCUGGAGUUUUGCUGAAGGUCUGAUGUGAAGCAGCUCUGAAUCAUUUUAAGAGGCUCAGGAUAUCCACAACUCAUUGUCCAGCUUUUAACCCAUUGCCAGUCAUAUCCUCCUUCGAUGAAUACAAAUCUGAAUACACUAGUAGCCCUCACAGCAGGUCUUAAUUUCUCAUCAAGCUAUGGCAAUCAGUGUCAAUCGCUUGAUUUUGCGGCCAUUCUAGAGACAGGGAGAAGUAAUCACACUCAGUCCGACCUGAGUCACUCGAGUGUAUGACGUCACUUUGUGUGGGCAUUGUCUCCCCUCUAGAGUUUGCUCAUGUGGGAUCAUUGUCUCCCCUCUAGAGUUUGCUCGUGUGGGAUCAUUGUUUGGGGACUAUGGUGACUGUUAAAAUUCCGUAGAACUAAGUGUAAAUAACUAUUUUUCAGAGAUGCUGGUCAGGGUGCACUAGCUAAUUAAUCUUGACAGAAUGUGUUGUGGGAUAAAUUUAAUCACAAGGGUCGAAGGUGGACAAGCAAAGUUUUGGUGACUUCUCGAUCGAAUAUACUUCCAGCUUCU